GUUAAGUCGCACGGACUCAGUUUCCUGGCAACCUUCAUCUUCGGGAGGAACUACAAAGGAGGAGGGAUGAGCCAUUCCCCUGUGGUUGGCCAAGAUGUCUCAGAGGCAGCCAAUGGGGUGGACUCGCCAGACUCCCCUGACAUUUCUGAUAGGCCGGCACCACACGCUCUGAAGUGUGAUGGCAGGACGUUACAGGAAGAUGGUCUACGGGAGGGGACACAGACUGAAACAGAGACUCAAGCAGACACACAAGCAGACACACGACCCAUAUCCAAUAACUCCACCCCACAUCCAAACUGGUCAUGCACUGAGACACCCCAAACACACGCCACGUCGCCAACAGACACACAUUCAGACACACCGAACACACACGCAGAUUCUCCGCCCAAACACAAACCUCAUGCAAGUGAAGACCUCAUUGAUUCGGUGUUCACUAACACAGAUGUCACGGAUCUCGAAGACACAGCAACCAAAGGCAGACCCCACACAGAAACGCACAACACGGAGAGACAACGGCAGGAUGACACACACUCACGCAGUGGAUCUCCAACAGAAGAUGGGGUGAGCGAAGAGGAGGUAAAUGACAGGACAGAGAGAGAGGACAGAGAACAGGAAGAAGAGGAAAAGGCAGAGCCUAUAGAACCCUCUUCAUCAUCAUCAUCAUCAUCAUCUCGGUACCCUCGUCCUCAUCUCAGCACCUCGGCCCCUCCCGCAGACACGGCCCCUUACCUGGCGGACCCGGACGCAGACUCGGAUGACAACCCUCGGCCCACGCACGUGAUGGCGGAGGUGCGUGUGCGAGGCUUGCCCGAGCGGGACCGCGUGGUGCGGGGCAUGCAGGACAGCAAGAGCCUGGACGAGCUGAGCGGGGCGUGUGGAGGGGGGCUGCGGGGGGCCGCCCGGGGGGGGCAGGUAGAGGGGCGGCGGGCCACUAUCUCCAGCGCCCUGGAGCUGGAGGGCACCGUGAGCCAGGAGGGAGACAUCACCAACUUCAUCUGCAAGAACCUGGAGCAGAAGAUUAAGAUGAGCUCGCGGCCCAGCCUCGACUGUGACUCGGACAGCAGCUCCGGUACAGUCCGCGGACGAGGGUCUCUGCGGCGGACAGCAGACAUCCCCCCGAUCGACCCCUCCGUCCUGGUGGACCUGCAGAGACACACGCAGGACGUGGCGCAGAACGUGGAGCUGAUGAUGCACAGCCUCAACGGAACCAUCCAGAACAUGACUGCCUUGAGUGUGGGCUACAUCCAGACCUACAGAGACUCUGUGGACAGCCUCGGAGAGUCUGUGGACAUGAGCAUAAAGGGAAUGUACACGUUGAUGGCGCGUUGUGAGGAGCUGGACCGCUCCAUGCAGCCCAUCCACAUGCUGGCAGCUCAGAUCCGAGACAUCAAGCGCACUCUGGACUCCCUGGAGGCCAUCUGCAAGUGACCACCCCCCCCCCGCCGCCCCAGAGAUGUGCUGCUGCUGCUGCUGCAAGUAACCCCCCACCCCCAUCCCCUCUACAACAACAACACCACCCCCACCAGUACAACCCCCCCCCAGAUACCAAGUAACCACGCCCCCAUGGAGGCACCGUGCCAAUAUGCCUUGCGCCACCCCCCCUUCAACCCUCCACUCACCCUGCAGACGCUCUUUAAUGGAAUCAUCUGUGUACAGACUCUGCUGAUAACCACGUUACCAUAUCUCUCAUACGCUACUGAUCAAGCCUCACUAAGAUGCUCUGCAAGCACCCCCCCCUCCCCUCUCUCUGCCCCCCCCUCCCCCCUGCCUGGACACUGGGAGUACAGCGAGAGCUUCGUCCCUUGCGGUGGCCUUGCUCUCGCUUUCGUCUGUUACAUUUUCUUGAGGAGAAGAAAGCCCCUCUUCUCCUGCACCACACCGUCCAACACAGUACCUGCCUUUGGUGGUGUUGUCUGGCUGUAGGGAUGGACCCUGGGACAUGGCAGAUCGACCUGUGGCGUUAGAUGACACUGUAGUAGAGAUAGAAUAUGCACAGAGGUGUGCACACCACCCUGCUAUCUGUUCCCCUGGAAAACGAGUCAGGUACACCGCUAAGAAAUGUAACCACAUAAUUUAUGAAAUGAUGCCACAAUACAUCCUUUUUUCUUUUUUUAGUUACUAUCUAUUUAUGUUACAGACUUAAUCCACACUUGCACACACCUGAGAAAUGGUUGGUUUUGUUUUCCCAAUACUAACUGAUGGGGAGGCUGUGUGUGUGUGUGUGUGUGUGUGUGUGUGUGUGUGUGUGUGUGUGUGCGCGCGUGUGCGCGUGUGUGUGUCUUGACUGGAAGCAUGUUCCUUGACUAGCCAUGCCAGAGUUUGAAGUCACUGCAUGGAUCCUCUCUCUCCCUUCUAGCCGCUGUACAUAGGGUGGCAAUGGACUGGAAUGGAAGUAGGGGUUUGUGGGUAUUGGAGUUUUUAGAGGGGGCACUUUUUAUGAUGGGGAGGGGUUCAGGAUGAGGGCUGUCCUCUUUGCUCUGCUCUCACUGUCUGUCGCUCGAUCCAAUCAGAAGUAACCUUUGUACAUACUGUCUCAAUGUCACUAAAAUAAUGGUCUAGCCAACGUCAUGAGUGUAUAUUUAAAAAAAGAGGUUAUAACAAUAAAUUUACAAGAAUGAUGCAGAAA